GUUGGUUAUGAAAUCAAACAUUGAUCAAAUUCUUUUUCUUCAAGAUUUCAUGAGUCUAACAGCAUUAGAGACGUUAGAUCUCUCUCACAAUUCUGUCAACAUCAGCAUAAUGGAAUCCUUGAGUGCUCUUACAUCCCUCAAGAAUUUAUUUCUUGCUGAAAAUAAAUUGGUUGGGCCGUUGCCAACUAAAGAAUUAUCACUUCUACGAAACUUGGAGCUGUUGGAUUUGGGUAACAAUGCACUUAGCAGCCCUUUGACAACUCAUGGUGUGUGUACAUGUCAUGCCCUUUCGCUUAUUGCCGGCAUCAACAUCUGUUUAAAGCUUUGCUGCAACUCUUUCACAUGCCAAGGCUUUUCUGAAAUUAAAGAAGCUGAAGAUGCUCAACUUAGGAAGCAAUGGAUUUGACAAGGGAGUAUUCAAAACUCCUUCAUUGGUCUUCCAGCUCUCAAAUCUUUGCACCUAUCUGAUAAUCAAAAUCUCAAAGGUCUCAACGAAUCUUUCUCAAUUGAAGUCUUCAAUGGCUUCAACCACUCCUGAUGCUAACCAAAACCAAGAAUCCACCAAGAACAGCAUCAUAUUCAGAAGCGUGAAAACACUAGCUGAAUCACCUGAACUCACCUCAGUCCCAUCCUCAUACACAUUUGCCACCAACCCAGAUGAUGAAUUAGUAACUGACCCUGAUGAUGAUGAUCCAAUCCCUGUCAUAGACUACUCCUUAUUGUUCACUGGCACACCUGAUCAGAGAGCCAAGACCAUCCAUGACUUAGGCAGAGCUUGUGAGGAAUGGGGUUUCUUCAUGGUGAUCAAUCACUCCGUGCCAAAGAGCCUCAUGGAGAAAAUGGUGGAUCAAGUCUUUGCUUUCUUUAAUCUUAAAGAGGAAGACAAGCAAGAGUAUGCAGGUAACAAGAAUGUGACGGAUCCAAUAAGGUAUGGUACCAGCUUCAACGCUUCAAUGGACAGAGUCAAGUUCUGGAGAGAUUUCAUUAAAAUCAUAGUGCACCCUGAAUUUCACUCACCAGACAAACCACCUGCUUUCAGGGACACGUGUGAAGAGUACUGCCGAAAAACCAGGGAACUGGGAAGAGAGCUACUCAAAGGAAUAUCAGAAAGCUUGGGAUUGGAAGCAGAUUACAUAGAUAGAACAAUGAACCUUGAUCAUGGUUUGCAAAUCAUAGCAGCAAAUCUUUACUCACCUUGUCCUCAGCCAGAUCUUGCAAUGGGAAUGCCCCCACAUUCUGAUCAUGGCUUAUUGAACCUCCUCAUUCAGAAUGGAGUUUGUGGCCUUCAAGUUCUUCACAACAAGAAGUGGAUCAAUGUUAGUUCUGCUCCAAAUCGCUUCUUGGUCCUUGUGUCUGAUCACCUUGAGAUUUUGAGCAAUGGAAAGUAUAAAAGUGUGGUGCAUCGAGCAGUGGUGAGCAACAAAGCCACGAGAAUUUCGCUGGCAACAGUGAUUGCACCAUCCUUGGACACAGUGGUGGAGCCAGCUUCAGAGCUUACAGACAAUCAAACCAAUCCAGCAGCAUAUGUUGGGAUGAAACACAAAGAUUAUAUGGAACUUCAGCGAACUAACCAUCUUUAUGGGAAGUCUGUGUUAAACCAAGUUAAAAUCUAAACUU